CGUACCACGAGCGAGGCAAGGAACGGCGCCAAGAGCGGAGGAGUGUCGGCCGUCGAGCUGCUUACCUCAAGGGGUGCGAAAAAGCGGGCAAGCUGCGCCGGAAGGGGGUAGCCCGGGCUUCUCGCGAAGGCCUCAAGAUUUCGGACGCGACGGCGGCCCUGGACCUACGCGCCCAGACGCAAGCCCAAUCGGAAUUUGGCUUGGACCAUCAACAGCAGCAACAACAACAUCACCACCAGCAUCAGCAGCAACAGCAGCACCAUCACCAUCAACAGGCACAACAACAGUUGCAGUCACAGCAACAGCCGCAGCAACAUCCUCAGCAGCAGCAGCAACAACAACCGCCACCGCCGCAGCAGCAGCAACAGCAGCAGCAGCAACAACAGCAACAGCAACAACAACAGCAGCAGCAACAAACUCAAAACCAAGACAACCGUCCCCACCAUCCUCUCCUUCAACAACAGCCACAACAACAUCACCCCCUUCAUCACCACCAUCAUCAUCAUCAACACCACCCGGGGAAUCAUCUCCACCCUGGCGAUUCGGGGGGUGGGAUAGGUGGUGCUGGCGGAGGAGGCGGAGGAGGAGGAGGUGGAGGUGUUGGCGGUGCAGGCGGAGGAAACGCUGGAAGUGGAGGCGACACUGGAGGAGGUGCUGGCGGCGGUGGUGGUGUUGCUGGUGUUGCUGGAGGACUACCAACAUCAGCCGAGCAAGAAAUAGCCGCUAGGAUAAAGGACGAGGAAGACGAGGAUAUUACCGAGAGAGAAGACGAGGAGGAGGACGAGGAUCCUUGCAGCUCACCAGAAUCCGAUCUCGAAAACGACCACGAAUCCAUGGAAGUCCAAGCCUCGGCCGUCACAGCGGCGGCCGCAAAUUUGCACGCUCUGCGACAGCACGUCUUCAAAAUGUCUGACUAUUGGCAGCAGCCGCAAAGAGGCCCGCCUCAGCAUUCGCCGGGGAUACAGCAUAGUCCGAUAUCGAAUUCUACACAGCAGCAACAGCAUCAGCAAGUUUCGCAGAUGCAUAGCCCACUUGGUCAGCAGCAACAGCAACAACAACAGCAAGCUGCGGUGUCUCAGGUGCAGCAAAAUGCCAAUUCUGGCUUAGGACAAACAACGAGUCCUCAGCAGCAACUGCAACAACAGCAGCAGCAGCAACAACAACAACAUGCGAUGUCAAUGAAUCAGCAAACUGCUCAGGGUGCGCAACAUCAAUCUUCGCCGGCACCCACGACACCAUCACCUCAUGCGGAUCACCAAGGUGCCAUCGCAUCAAGCAUGGCCCAAAGCCUCCACACGCUGGCGGCACAGACCCAACAAAGUAUGUCCCAAACGUCAAGUCCAUCGCUGGGAGUUCAAGCUGCCCAAGCUCUUAGCCAAAACCUAGGACAAGCAUUGACGCAGGCGCUUACUCAGAACAUGCAACAAAACCUCGGUCAAACGUUGCAACACAAUUUGGCGCAAAGUUUGACGCCGAAUCUGUCGCCACAGCAACAACAACAGCUGCUGAACCAACCGCAGAACUUAAGUCAAGCUAAUCAAAGCCUACAGAAUAUUCAAAAUCAGGCACAAAACCUUUCGCAAACGUUGCAACAGCAGGCGCAAAAUCUAACGCAAAAUCUUAGUCUGAGUCAACAACAGGCGCUUCAGCAGCAGGCACAGAAUCUAUCACAAAAUCUUCAACAACAAGCGCAAAACUUGACGCAAAAUUUGCAACAGCAGGCACUUAAUAUGGCCGGUACGAUUGGGCAAAAUGGUGCGUUAACUGGUAUGAACAUGUCGGGUAAUCAACAACAAAAUUCGCAAAACUCAAUGCUAAGUCCUGGCGCAACCAGCCAAGACUCCCACGAUGCUACGCUCACGGAGAAGCUUGUCAACGAGUUACAGUCUCGUGCCUCUGCGGCGGGGCUUGGUGGUGCGGGAGGUGCUGGCGGAGGCGGAGGAAUGGGCAACAUCAGCGAACGCACCCUCGAGGAAUGCUGGUCCACCCUGCAGCGAUUCUUCUCGCAGAUCUUCAUGCACAAGAGCGCGAUGCAGAUGCACGCGAGGGAGCUGGGUGCUGGCGCACUGACGGCAAGACCCGGGGGUGGCGUCGCGGGAGGCCUCGCGGGUCUCAGCGUCGGUGUUGGCGUUGGCGUCGGACCCGGGGGCAUGAUCACCGGUAACGAGGUCAAACCACACCAGUGCCAGCAAUGUCUCAAGUCCUUCUCGAGCAAUCAUCAGCUCGUGCAGCAUAUCAGGGUUCAUACCGGCGAGAAGCCCUAUAAAUGCAGCUAUUGUGACCGCAGGUUCAAACAACUGAGCCAUGUACAACAACAUACGAGGCUACACACGGGUGAACGACCGUACAAGUGCCAUUUACCGGACUGUGGACGGGCUUUCAUCCAACUAUCGAACCUUCAACAACAUCUUCGGAAUCACGAUGCCCAGGUGGAAAGGGCGAAGAACCGACCGUUCCACUGCAACAUCUGCGGCAAGGGCUUCGCCACGGAGUCCAGCCUCCGUACCCAUACGUCGAAGGUCAGUCAUGAGUUGCAACAGCGUGUUGUGUUCCAGCAACACGCCGCCUUGAUCGGCGGCCCGAAUGCAACCAGCUGUCCUGUCUGCCACAAACUCUUCCUCGGUGGCGAAGCUUUGAUGGAGCACAUGAAGCACACCCACAAGGAUCCUAAUGCCUCCGGCGUUGCCAUUCCCUCCGCUGACUGCACAACCUCCGUUGCCGGGGUUUACCUAGCGAAGCGACGGACGGCCAACCACCCUUGCCCGGUGUGCGGAAAGCACUACGUCAACGAGGGUAGCCUUAGGAAGCAUCUAGCCUGCCAUCCUGAGACCAGUCAACUAAGCACGAGCCUCAGAAUGUGGCCGUGCUCGGUGUGUCAAGCAGUCUUCACUCAUGAGAGCGGUUUAUUGAGUCAUAUGGAACACAUGAGGAUGGAUCCUAAACAUCAGUUCGCAGCGCAAUACGUGUUGAGUCGCGCGGCGGCCGAUAGGAGAGAAAGGGAAAUUCUCGCGAGUUCGAGUCUAGGUGCGGGGCUAGGUGUUUUGGGAGGUCAAUCUGGAGGACCACAAAAUUUGCAGCAACCACCGAUGUGCCAAUCGCCUUCGGCCCACUCCGAUAGCAGCAGUGGAAACGGACGGCUAUCUUCGGCCGGAAGUGAACCUGAUUUCUGCGCAGGCACUGGUCUACUGAACAACAACAACAAUAACAACAACAACAACAUGGCAUCGCCAGGACCCAGCGGUAACAAGCUGAGUGAAAUGUUGAGAGCGGGCAGUCAGCCGGGUUCCGCGCAACAGUAUCACGACGAGAUGCAAUCGCAACAACAACGCAUGGCCGUCAUGGCCGCCGCCGUGUCAGCGGGUUUGCAAAACUCGGUGUCGCCGAAUUUGUCGCCCGUAGAUAUGGCGUCGCUAGCGGCAGCCAUGAGAAUGGGCAACAACGGAGACAUGAGCGGCAGUGCUCAAGGAUCGGCUGGGUCUCAACAACAAGGUGUCCAGGCAACCGGACCUGAACAAGCACUGAGAAUGCAUCAAGCGGAAGCUUUGUUACGUUCCCAAGCUGAAGCCGCCCUUCGGCUAGCGGUGUCGCAGGCAGCAGCCGCAGCGGCAAGUUCAGCGGUUGGGGGAGAUGUGAGACAUCAUCUAACUCAACAUAAUGGCGGCGGAUCUUCCGGUAUACCAGGACAUCAUGCGAAUCAACAAAUGUCUCAACAAGACAGCUUGUCACCGGAGUUUGGGGAAGCUCUACGUCUACAGGAGCAACGAUUAGAGCAAGCCCUGAGGCUUCACGGUGACCCACGCGCCCUGAGCUUUACCAUCCAGCAGGUGGUCAACCAACAGAACAACCAGCAACCAUGAAAGUUCAGUUACUACUGAGACGAGUGGACCCCUUGGACGCAAGAUCAGACGGCUUUGCAGCAAGUCGAACGUAUGAAUCAACAACAGCAGCAACAUCAUCAACAACAACAGGCUGCAGAACGUUUGACACCUUUAAAUAAUCAUCAGCAGCAAAGCUCGUCUGGUAUGGGCCAUCACCAGCAUCAGCAUCAGCAUCAGCAUCAGCAUCAGCAUCAGCAUCAGCAUCAGCAUCAACAUCAGCAUCAACAGCAACAGCAACAACAUCAUCAAGAGGAUCGAGGUGUAAAGAGGAAAGUAGAAGAUAUGCUCGAUAAUGCUGAAAACGCGUAAGCGGUGCGUCCAAGUGCGGUCAUCAACGAAUUUACUCAACGUCUCAGGAGUAUGAAAAAGCAAAUGAAAAAAUGAAAGAAGCGCGUAGAAGUUUAAAAUCAAAGACUUCGUUAACGGACCGGACAAUGUUUUUCAAUAAACAUCAGUCCAAGUCCGUUAGUUUUCGCGAAAUCUUCGCGAAAUCAACGAAAUGAACUUGUUAGCCGUAUCGAACCUCGAAACUUCACGUUGGUUUAUCAAAGCCUUCGUACGAUUUUAAGAGACGUACGGCUAAUCCGUUGCACGGUGUCGAUUGGACGUAACAGUGGCGACGCUUGCCUUCGACUUUACGAUGUUCCUUGCGUCGUACACGCUGUUCCUAUUUCGGUCCUAAAAAUGUAUUGAUCUCGAUCGAGAACGUCGUGUACGCGACACCAGAAAAGAAGAGACAGGGAAAAUAAAAUUAGACAGUGCUGUGUUAUUAUUGGUGUAUUCGCGUGUAAAUGGACGUUCUCGGGUCGUCUUCCGACCCCCCUUUUAUCUCUAAUCGCGAAUGCUGAUUUUCUCCUGCAACUAGGAGAGAUUCUGUCCUCUUCAUCUUUAAGAUCCUCUGGGAUCACUGGUACGCGUCGCCACCGUUACGACCAUUUCCUCACCCGAAACGUGCCAUAAUGAAUGAUGAGUGGAAGACCGUCGUCGUUCGAUUUGUCCUUCUUGUAGUGUACUAAUACGACCACUUGUCAAGUCGGUCGUGUUUGUAUCGCCUUGAGGACGCGAGACGCGGUACUAUAUGACUUUUUUAGUACAAGAGCCAUAACGGCGGACAGGAAAAAUCUAUGAGCAGUGAUUCUUCAGUCUGAUUCGUGGUUCAACAAACCGAGCUAUAUGUAUAUUUAUAUGUAUACAUAUAUAAGGUCCGCACGAUAUCGGUCAUUAUAUAUAUAUAUAUAUACAUAUGUAUGUACAUGUAAUCUAUGUAUGUAUGUAUACAUACAAGCCAGUCUCAAGGUUCCCUUAAUCUUAAUCUCCCGUAACGUUUAAGAAGACGAAUCACAUGCAAUACACAUAUAGAAACACGAUGAAAAAUAGAAAGAGAUGGAUAGAGUUGGAGUGAAACCAUACACGUAUACUAUGUGCGUCAACUGAACGAUAAGGAAAGAUCAAUCGUUCUCUCGACGAGAGAGAGAGAAUAAGAGUAUAUACUUUUCCUCGAUCAUAAUUCGUACGCGUAUGGUUACAUGAAAGACACAUACACAAAUAAACACACUCCGUGGAGAGAGAAGAAAGAAAAUAGGAGGGUCGAACGUGUUUCUCAACGAGCGUGUCGCGUUCCCAAAAAACAAUGCUGACGAGUGUGAAAGAACGUUAAUGAUAACACACCCGCAGAUAAUCAUACACAUAUACACAUACACAAAUGACAUGCUAAUAUAUAGCGUGAACGGGAACGCGUCACACAUAUAUAAUCACACACGCACUUAUAGACAUUUGGUAGGAUACACUUGUACACAUUAAGCACAUACUGAAAAUACACUUAACUGGUAAGAUACACACAAACACACAUACGUACUGUGUAAACUUUUGAAGAAAAAAUGCGCGCAACUUGUGCUCGUGAUAGCACGGAAACUAUUAGCUCGUAAGCGGACAAACAAAAUAUAAUUAUUAUAAACAGUUAUAUUAUAUAUAUUAUAUAUACAUACAGAGUAUGAAGAGUAUGACGGAAUAAGCGAAGAGAAAAAAAAGAAAAAAAAAAAGAUAAGAAUAGUGCACGGGUGCGAAGAAAAAAAAAAGAGAAAAAGUCACCCGAGAAAAUAAGCACGCGAAAAAACACACAUUUUAAAAUGAAAUUGAGCGUGAAUGCGAACGAACGUUUUUCGUGAGCGAGCACGCUCGAGAUGAUGAUGAAGAAGAAGAAAAGAUAAAUAAAAAAAAAACUAAAUGAUAAAUAUUAUAUAUAUAUUAUAUAUAUAAAUAUUAUAAAUAAUGAAUAUAGGGUCUAUGAGACUAGGAUAGUUAGGCGAAAGAGAAAUUUCGUGCAAGUGAGGCGUACGCGUUUGUGCGAUUUUACGCGAUUCCAAGUAUCUUAAGCCGAGAAAAUGAACAGCGAAUGAGUGAUAAAAAAUGCGAGAAAAAAGUGAAUACACGAGAAGCGCAUGCGUGUGUGAGAGAAUGAGAAAGAAAGAGUGAGUGAAGAAACCGAGGACAGAAGCAAUAACGAAAGAAAGAACGAGUGAAAGACAUCGAUGAAUGGGAAGGCUAGGAGAUUGGAAACGACGCGUAAACGCACGGAUGCGCACGUGGUGCGAAUGUUAGAAUCGAGUAAAUGAGAAUGCUUCGUGAGCAUCAAGGAAGAACGAAUGAGUGAAAAUAAUAAUAAUAAUAA